CAUAAUAGAAAAAAUAUACAUAUAUAUAAAUAAAUAAAAGAAACCCAAAUAAAAAGACCCACAAGAACCACAACAGCUCUUUGUUUCUGCAAUUUUGUUUCAGAGGAAAGUGUGAACAAAUUUCUGGAACCCCAAAAAAACCAACUCGGCACCGCGACACGGAACGAGUCAAUCCGGAGUCGGCGGCACUCGUCGAUCGAUUUCAACCCCCAUCAUUUGAUCAUCAAUAUCUCUGAUAGAUCCAAGUCGGUUUUGGGAGAUUUUCGUUGUGGGUUUUGGUGGUUUUUAGAAUAUAUUUUUUAUCGGAUUUAUUUUUAUUUUUAAAAUUUUGGUGAUGUUGGAUUUCCGGGAAGGUGGGGAAUUGGAGGGGUGAGGGGCCAAGGUUUUUUGGUAGGUUAGGAUUAGGGUUUUUGGAGGGCGGGUUUGGAGAUGGAUGAAAAUUCUGAGCCUGAAGAAGGAGAAGCUUGCUAUCACAGAGAUGACGACGACGACAUUAACCCUGAUACCGCUUUCUCCUACCUUGAUGAAAAGAUCAAAAACAUUUUGGGACAUUUUCAGAAAGAUUUUGAAGGCGGUGUUUCUGCAGAAAACUUGGGGGCAAAAUUUGGUGGGUAUGGCUCAUUUUUGCCUACCUAUGAACGGUCUCCGACAAGAUUAUCAUGUCCAAAGACACCACAGGGAAACUCCAGCACACCAAGGUCUACAAACAAUUUAUCCAUGGAGGGUGCAUUCCAGAAUUUGAAAGCUCCUCCAAAUGCACCCCCAUCUGGGAGACCUGGAAAUGCUACCUGCCCUAGUGGCAGUAUUGCAGCUAAACAUGACUUACAUUUGUCUUUUAAUCAUGUUGCUGAGAAGCCUGCCUUAAAGGAUGAUAGUUUUAACAGAGCAGAGAUUCCUACUGACCAGAAGACCCUAAAGGUCCGAAUUAAAGUGGGAUCUGAUAACAAAGUUCAAAAGAACUCUGCAAUCUAUAGUGGUCUUGGGCUUGAUGAUUCUCCAUCUUCGUCAUUGGGAAACAGUCCUGAGGAAAGUGGAGGAACGGUAACUGGCUCGCAAGGAACCACAAAUGAAUCACCCACCAAAAUUCUUCAGGUUAUGACUUCCUAUCAUGUCCCUGGUGGUGUACUCAUAUCUCCUCUUCAUGAAAGCCUGCUAUGCUUGUUAAGAAAGGAGAAGGAAGGUCCUUCUAGAGAGAGUAAAUCUAUCCCCUUGCUUAAGGCAUGUCCAGAAAAUUCUUCUGGGUUAAUAGAUGAGUCCAUUUUGGGUAAUGGAAAACAACUCAGGGAGAAGAAAACAAAAUUUUUAAUUGGGAAAAGCAAAAAGGUGGUGGAGUCAAAGCAAGGGAACCGCAUGAAUGUUGAGAAUGAUAAGAAGUUGCUCAUAAAAAAUAAGUUGCAAAAUGAGAUUGCAGGAGGGAAGGAGUUGUUGUCCCAUGAUUUGAAACACACAGCUCUAUCUAAUUCAGUUAAUGUUGCUGACUCUGUGGAAUCCAUGCCUAGGGUAUGUGAUCUUUCUGCAGAGGCUAAUCAGGAUGGAUCAAGAGGUGGAAUAUUUUCAUCUGACUCAUCAAAGAAGGAUUCUUUGGAGUCAAUAUCCGGAAGGAGUAGAGCUAGUGGCAAGAAGAAAAAGAAGGAUAUACAGCGUAGUUCAGUUGAAAAGGUUUGGGAACAGAGUGUAGUAGAUACCAGUAAGAAUGCUUCAGUUGACCUUGGGGAUAAUGUUGGGAGUAAAUGCUACCAAAAUACUGCCCCUUUAAAGUGUAAGGAAGAUUCAAAAACAAAGGUUGGUCAGGAAGCUACAUUUCCUGUACAGAAAGAAACAAAUAUUCCAUCUGAGAUGGAAAACACAUUGUUUGUGGGCAAGAAGAAGUCAAAAGGUAGCAAUAAUGCUGGACAAAUUGCUGAUUCAAUGAAGGAUAGUUUAAGGCUCGAUGUGAGCGGAACACCUAAAGAUACAACCAGUUCUAGUCAGAGUUUUUCUUCAGGUAAAAGUAAUAUGAAUAGGUUGAAGUUGCAGAAGGAUAUUAAUAAGGUCCAAGAUAAUCAUAGAGAUGCAUUGGACACCAAUUUCAAACAAAAACGUGACAAAAUGGAUCCAUCAAUGAGGCCUUUUCACAAUAGACCAAAAGAUGCUGGUCCUACUACAGAUUUUGAGAGGGGGCACAAUGGUUAUUUGGACAAGUCAAAAGAAAUAUUUAGUGGUGGAACAGUUGAUAACCAGCUGUUGGGAGUGGAUGCUCCAGGUGUGGUUCCUCACCUUUCUGACCAGACACUUGCCUCUCAGACAACAGCAUUGGCAACAACUGCUUCUGUAUUCAUAGAAGAAAACUGGGUUCAGUGUGAUCGUUGUCACAAUUGGCGACUUUUGCCUUUUGAUACUAGACCGGAACAACUCCCUGAGAAGUGGCUGUGUAGCAUGCUUAAUUGGCUGCCUGGAAUGAACAGGUGUGACAUCAGUGAGGAGGAGACAACAAAAGCUCUCAGAGCAUUGUACCAGGUUCCAGUAGCUGAGAAUCAAAGUAAUCCAGAAAAUCAUGCAAAUGGAACCAUGCCAUUGAUCACUUCAGCUCAUCUACAGCAUCUUGAUCAGAAAAACUCUAGUUUCAAUUCUCAGGUGUCAUCUAUUCAAGGCAAGAAGAACCAUGGCCAGAAGGAACUGUGCAAAGCAGGAAGCAGUGGCCUGAGUCAGAUGUCAAACUCUAAAAAGAACCAACGGCAGGAAUCUUUGAAAAGUAGGAGCUUAAAGAACGUGACCCAGGUCCCUAUCGAAUCAAAUCUCACAAAGAAAUCCAGCUUCCAGCAAAAAGAAAAGUAUCCAGCUGCAGGAGUGACCAAGCAAGCAAAGAUGAAAAACAAGAGGGAGUCUGGUCUAUAUGUGAAUGGAAGUUCAAAGAAAGUCAAAACAGAAAUUGUAUACACGACUGAUAAACAUCAGAGUGCUAACUUGGAUGUCAGAACGGUGGGCCUUAAUUCAAGCACUGGCUUGCCAACUCAAGCAAAUGGAAGAAGUAUGCAAAAGUAUAAUGAGUGCACUAAUUCUGGGGAUCUAAAGCAUGAUUUGAAAGAAAGAUCAGUAGUUUCUGUUAGAAAACUUGUGGAUCAAACUCAGGUCUCAUCAGAUGGUGUGUCACUAGACAUGAAAAAAUGUGAUGAAAAGGCUUUUGUGAAGAAAAGAAAAUUGGAGGACCGGGAGGACAGUGAAAAUGGGAAUGAGUUAUAUAUUAAGGAAGAAAGUAGUGAGAGUGGGUUUAGGAAUGGAAAGAAAUCACGAGUUUCAAAGAUUGAGGGGGAGCAGCCCCAUAGAAAUGAUGUUGAUGGUAUGAUGUACAGGAAAAGCAUGGAUCAUUUGAUUGGUAGUGCUAAUGAAGUCAGGAGCAUUGAUAGGAACCAGCAACUUAGAAAACACAAGAAAAAGUCUUCUAAGAAAACGUUGGAUGGCCUUGAUUUAUUGAGAAGGGAUUCUGAAACUGGGCAAAAUUUGAAGGCAGCAACCUCUAGCUCUUCUAAGGUUUCUGGUUCUCAUAAAACAAGAGUGAACUUUGAAGAAGCAAGGGGUUCACCAGUUGAGUCAGUUUCUUCAUCUCCCAUGAGGACCUCAUAUCCGGAAAAGCUUGCAUCAACCAAGGGGGAAGGUUCAGGGUAUGCUGCUGCUGCAAAUACUGGCAUUCCCCCAAGUGGCAAUUCUCGAUCUUGGGAUAGAGAAGGUACUGUUGAGCUUGCUCAGUCUGUUUCAGAAAUGAAAGAGAGAGUAUCAGGUGAUUUUAAUCCUAAAUCACAUAAAAUUUCUACCGUGGGUUGUCAGGAUAGAGAUUCCAUUAGCAAAAUCAGCAUUAAAACUAAACCUUCUUCUAGAUUGGGGAAAAGCCAUUUGCACAAUGGUGAUACUCAUUUUUCAGAAAAUGGGCUGAAUGCUCUAGAAUGGCCCCAUGGUGAGGAUAGAGUGAACAAAGAGUGCCAGGUUGUGCUUCCUCAGAAAUCUGAUAAGGGUUACAUUUCACAGACAAAGAAUAACGGAAGAAGUUCUGCUGCAGAUAAAAUGAAGGUUUAUGAUCCAGCUGAUCGACAGGAAGAUUUGUGUUCUAGAAAGAACAUGAAGUAUCAAUCAGAUGUCGACCCUGAGGGUCAUGCAUGUCUUCAAGAAACAACUGCUGAUUGUAAACUCAAUCUGCCAAAACCUAGCAAGGAUGGGAAGAACAAUGUUGGAAGGAGGGAUCCUUCCGGUCAGUGGUCAAGUGACAAUAGAAUGGAAGCCCAAUCAAAUAAAAAGCAUGAAGUUGAUGCAAAAACUGCUGCUGCUGCAUGCAGCACAAAGGGGAAGACUGCCCCUCAGAAAAAUGUGAUUCAGGAUUGUGAUGGUCAAACAAGGCAAGUAGAGACAAGAAAUGGAAUUUCAAAAUCAUCCAUGCAUUGUGAAAAUGAAAGUCAGAAAGAAAUAGCAGGCCAUCUAACAGCACCAGAAGCCGAACAAGGAGUUGUUUCUGAUGGGUUUCCAGUUAAUGGUUCUGACAAUGUUGAUUUGUCUAAGGCUAUAAAGCUGCCUGGAAAAGCUGGCACCAAGAAUGGAUCUAACCACAGUUUGGGGAAGCAUAUACCUGAUUUGCGUGUGGCUCACAGUCCAGUGAGAGUAAAUUCCUCCAAUCAGACGGCAAAUGAUGCCCUGAAUGAUGCUGAAAAGCUUAGAAACUAUGCUGAUCGUCUUAAGAGUUCUGGUUUUGCUUUUGAAAGCAAUGAGAUUUACUUUAAAGCUGCUCUCAAGUAUCUUGGCGUUGCUGCCCAUCUAGAGACAAGCAAUAGCGAGAGUGGUAGACAUUGCGACCUGAACCAAAUGCAAGUGUAUAACACUGCCACUAAACUUUGCGAGAUGUGUGCCCUCGAAUAUGAAAGGCGUAGAGAAAUGGCUGCUGCUGCUUUGGCCUAUAAAUGCAUGGAGGUAGCAUACAUGAGGAUAGUUUACUGUAAACAGUCUACUAGCAGUCGAGACCGGAAUGAGUUACAAGCAACUCUACAGAUGGUUCCUCAAGGUGAAUCUCCAUCAUCUUCUGCAUCAGAUGUUGAUAACUUAAAUAAUCAACAAUCAGUGGAAAAGGCUCCAUUAGCCAAGGGUUUAGUUUCACAUGGUGGGACCCAUGUCAUUGUUGCUAGAAACCGCCCAAGUUUUGUCCGGCUGCUUGACUUUACACAGGAUGUAAGCUUUGCUAUGGAGGCUUCAAGAAAGUCCCAGAAUGCUUUUACAGCUGCAACUGCAUCACUGGAAGAAACACAAAAUACAGAGUGUAUUAUUUCUGUUAGAAAGGUGAUUGAUUUCAGCUUCCAGGAUGUGGAGGGACUUAUAUGCUUGGUUCAGCAGGCUAUGGAGGCCAUUACUCGUUCCGGUUUAGUUGGUGCUAGAGAUUAAGUUACUCGUGUAUAUAUACAGUGUCUUUUUCGGUUUGGAGAAGAAAGGGGGAAAAAGAUGCUUGCUUAGACCUGCAAUUGGAAACACGCAAAGAUGUCGGGUCACCAACAGCAUGUUGCCUCUCUGUACAUGUGUACAAAGUGAGACUAAUCUGCAAAUUUUGGUAAUGUAUAUUUCUUAUUUUUCACCUUCUUCUUGACAUUUUUUUAAGGAGGCUCAACCUUAGGUAUUGUGGGUUGGCAAAAAAAAAAAAAGAGGAUGAAAUUCUAGCCUUAUUGGGAAAGAGAUUUGGAGUUCUAUGUAAGAUAUCACUUCCAUAUAGUAUCUAAUUUUUUUGCUCCAUUUUAUUUUGGGGCCUGAGGAAAAGGAAUAUACAUAGAGAUAUUGUUAAUCAUUUUUAGGCAACCAUUUUUGGGGAGGGUUGAAUACUGCCUGAUGACACUUUUCUUUUUAUGCAUUAAUGCCUCGAUGUUCUCUUCACAAUUUUGGAAUGGAAAAUGAUCAUUCUUUUCA